GUCGUCUUCAGCCUGCGGGUACGUCAAUGUCAACAGUCAACUGCGUCGACAGAAUCGUCGGAGCGUCGCCAACGGUUGCUGCUGGACGUCAGAUGUCGCCCUCACUCUGCUGUCUGUCGCCCUGACUGACGACACCAGGCUGUGGUGGAGUCUCGAGAAGACAAGAAGGAACUAAUCAUGGACUCCAGUAGCCCUAAAGGCUCAAAGGCCGCUAACUUCUAUUCUGGACGAGAUGUCAGACGAGAUGAAAUCUUGUUAACUGUCAUCAUACUAUCGCCACUACAACAAUGGUAUGAGGGGGAGCCAAUCACGUGCGACUUUCCCUCCGUGGCUCCGAUGGAGGAGGCGAGGCUGACCUGCUACUUCCCUGAAGACGUGCACCGGGCACAGAAGGACAUCGUGGUGUAUCGCCAUGUCCUUGAUGGCAGUCCAGAGGCAGUGCUCGGGUGCUGGUGGCGCAAUGCACACCUGGACUGCUCCACCAGACAAGGCUACGUCUUUGAUGACGUCAUCUCCGACCACCUGACGAUUCGAGUUCCUCAUGCAACCGCCGACAAGACCGGAACUUAUGCUUGUCAAGUGACUGGCUACAGGGCUGAUGAAGCAAAGAUCUGCGAGUUUAUUUUGAACAAUGAUGUACCGGACCACUCCAGUUACAAAGGACUCCCGAUACAAAACAACUACCCAAUACUUCAUGUAGUUGACGGGACAGUUAUAGGGCUACUUGUCUUUCUUCUUCUUUUGAUCGCCUUGGCGAUGUGCUACCUGCGACAUCGCGUGAGAAUUAAGGAAGUCUGGGGCAGGUUCACAAAAGUUUUCAAGGACAAGGAACUUGACCCUUUGGUGAAACACGAGAACGAAGCGGAAGGCUCAAAACGCGAACCGGAAGUUCCAGAGGUCGUGGUGGUCUGUGGGCGAAGAGGGCAUGCCAUGUGUGGCUGGGAGGGGCCCGCUCUGUCAAGACCAGAUUCCAUAGUGGAAACCAUCGAGACCGAGCAAGACGAAUCAGAAAAUAACGAGAGCUGCGCAAAUCACACAGAGCCUCGAUUAGAAGAGAAGUCACGUGACACUUCAGGGGCAGGAAAAAGAAACGGAUGAAGGUGACAAUCAAAGCGAGUAUCACCUGGAGGCAAGUGAGUCGUCUGUGGACCGAUCUGUGCCUCUGAUGGAAGACAACGAGACAGGUAACGACCAGUGUGACUCUGGAGUGGACGAAAGUGAAAACGGAUCUGAUACUUUUCUAGAAAAAAACGAAUGCGAUGUCGACAUGAAACAGAAUGAACCUUGUGAAGACCGACCUGUAGGGGACACCAGCCAGGGCGCAGAGGACCAGGAAGAACAUGAAGAACUCGAGUCGCUACAGGAACAGAGAGAAGUAAGUAAAGACUCACCUCUACAGGAAGACCGCGGGGUGAACAAAGACCAGGCUGACCCUCCACAGGAGGAGAGUGAGAUGAGAGAGAACCAGUCUGAACCUCUUCUGGAAGGGAAUAAAAUAGAGAAGGACCGGUCAGGUUCUCUACAGGAAGGGGGCGAGAUAAACAGAGGCUGGUCAGAUUCUCUACAGGAGGAGCUCGAGAAAGAUGAAGAUCGGUCAGAGGAAAAGGAGACAGACGAAGACAGCGAUGUCUGUCUGCUGGACAAGGACGACACUGACGAUGACCAGUGUGAUUAUGAGUUGGAGCAGAACGAGGCCGACGAUGCUGGCGAUGUCAGAGUGUGUCUUCAGGCAGUUGCUAUGGGUUCUAACGAGUGUCUCUGUGACACAUGCAUAACGUCUGCCAACUCUGCUUCCUGAUGGUACAUGGACAGCGAAUUUUCAGAACUUAAACGAUGUCUUUCACUUUAUUAAAAGUUUGACUUUUAGAACCCUAAAAUGAUUAGUCGUAAUUUUUGUCUUAAUAUUAGCAGAAGGAAAUCAAAUGGCCUUUUUGUAUUGCAGUGCACAGUUUCCACAUUAGCAUUUUGAUCUGUUAUAUCGUGGUGGUUCCAACAUCUUCGAAUUUUUUUCUAUUUCAUUCAUAUUUUUUUUCUUUUUCUUCUCUUUAGUGCUUGUCUGUCACCCUUUCAUAUCUUUCUUGGUCAUUUUAAAUCCUUAGAUUUUGUUCUUCUAGGAAUUAGCCAUUGACAUUUGUGACACGUCACCCUCCCUUCUCCUCACCGUGUACACAUUUUCUCUCAGAAAACGGCAGUGGCAGUGUUCAUUAUGUAUGUUGGACUUUGGGCUCAUUGUUUGAAAUAAAGCAUGUUACCGUUUUGAAAUAAAAAUUCCAAAA